CGUGAUGUCAGUAAAGCUUAGCCAGUCAGUGCAAACGGCCAAAACGCGUUCAUUCUGUGAAAACAUUCAGAGCGCAUGUUGUGUCUUAGGAAUAUUUUGAUAUAAACGAUAUCGAAGAAGAAGAGAAAAAUAGUUAAUACAUUGCUGGUGAAUCAGGUCCGUCUUUUCUUACUUUCAUGCCGGUUGAAUAUUUUUAUUUAGUAUUGCAAUGUGGGGAUUGACUCGUUUUCCGGCUUCUUUUACAACGAGUGUUCCAAUUUCUACGUAGUUCAUAGACACGAGUCGGCUAUACUUUUUAUCGUUUACUCGAAUGGGCGGAAAGUGAGCGUGCCUUUGGUGCUUCUCGUGCCGGUAGGAUCUUUUAGUGCGGAUUUAUUGCACCUUGUACUAUUGUAUUAUUGUCGACGAAACAACCGACGAACAAUUGUUCAUCUUAAUGGGAAAGAUGGAGGAAACCUCGGCGGAGAAUGUCAAGGUUUGCGAUUCUGGUUAUUCCAACAGUUAUAGCAACAGCCAGUCGCAAAGAAGUGGCGAGAGUUUUGUCUCAAGAAACAGCAACCGUUCUGAGAGCAGCGGAUACUGUGGAACGCGCCCAUCGGCCUUUGGCUCCAGCAAUGAGACGUUACCGCAGCCAAUCAGCCAAAAAAAGGACAAAGAAUACAAGAAGAAGAAAUCCAAGACUUCUAUUACGAUUAAUGUCGUGUCAGAGGUUAACCUGAACAGUGCUGACGAGUCAUCACCGGAAGUGUCGUAUACCGCUGGCGUCAGUCCUGCGAAAUCAAUAACCAAGAAAGCAGAGGAAGUACCAGUUGUAGAAUUGGUCGACGCAACGGAUCUUGGUGAACACAACAGCAAAUCCGUCUUCGAUCCUGAACCAGGAUUUGAUAAAGAUACCAAUACUGUGGAUGAUUCCAGCUCUCAAUUAAAUGAGGGAUUUUGCGCGGUAAUAUCAAUGCACGAUGGCCUCGUACUCUACACGACUCCUUCCCUGUGCACAGCACUAGGAUUUCCAAAAGACAGCUGGAUCGGUCGAUCCUUUAUGGAAUUCGUUCAACCAAGAGACAGAGACACGCUGGCCCAUCAGAUUUCCGUUGGAAUAGCAUCUCCCCACGAGGAUAAAUUUAAAGGCGUCAAUGGACAGAGGACAAGUUUAUUUUGCCGUCUGAGAAGAUACACGGAAACAAAAUGUACGACCACUGGCGCUAGCGUUCAUCAGCGUCUCGAUCAAACGACCCGCUAUCUUCCGUUUCAUCUAACUUUAACAUUUAGGGCCCUUCGGGAAAAGACGUUGGGCCAACAGCAGCCUACAAGAAUGUUUCUAAUCGUUACGGCUCAGCCGGUACAUUCUGCCUACAAAGCUCCUGAAGAAACAAUAAUGUCUUCGAAAUUCACGAGCCGACAUACUGCGACAUGUCACAUAUCACACGUGGAUCCUAACGUAGUGAAAUACUUGGGUUAUCUACCUCAGGAUAUAGUGGGCCGUUCCCUCUUUGACUUCUACCAUCCUGAAGAUCUGCUAUUCAUCAAAGACGUCUAUGAGACUGUUAUCAAACUCGAGGGAUCAUCCUUCAGGUCGAAGCCGUACAGAUUUGCCGUACAGAAUGGAGGUUAUGUCACACUCGAGACCGAGUGGUCGUCCUUUAUCAAUCCCUGGACGAGAAAGGUAGAGGUUGUCGUAGGUCGACACAGGGUCCUAAAAGGACCGGCUCAGCCGAAUGUCUUUCAGCCGGCUAACGAGGCUGAACGUCAGAGCAGGAUCCUGGCGAACAUCAGUGAGGAGGUCCUUAAGGAGAGCAAGAUCAUACAGAAUGAGAUACGAGCUCUACUACAAAAGGGUGUCGCCAGAACAGAUGACCCCGUGGAUAACGACGUAACCAAGAGGUGCAAGGACCUCACCUCCAUCAUGGAGACUCUGCUCAGCGAAGUUCAAACCUCACGAGUCAGCAAGAACGACGUCGUCGGAGACGUCAGGAGCUUUUCGGGAUCACAAAAUCCCUUGUUACAGGAGCACGACAGCAUGAUGCUGGGCGAGUUAUCGCCGCAUCCCAAGUACUGCGAUAGCAAAUCGUCCACUGAGACUCCGCCUAGUUACAACCAGCUGAACUACAACGAGAACAUUGAGAGAUUCUUCAAGAGCAAGCCGCUGGUCACGACAGCCUUGUACGGAAGUGACGAGGAAAACGUCCACUCGGGCGUACCGAGUGAGGAGAGAGAGAAUGACAAGACCAGUCCUAUAUUAGGAGCUAGGAAAUGCAUAACGCCGAUCAACGGUAGUGGUGCUAGUGGAAGCGGAAGUGCUGAGAACCUUAGCAGCGGUUCGAACAAUAAGAUGAGCUCUGCCAGUCAUGCCGGCACCUCGAAGACCAUCUCCAAUGUCACCGAGACUGAGAGCUUCAAGCCGCCAACAUUGACCGAAUCUUUGCUGAGCAAACACAAUGAGAACAUGGAGAAGAUGAUGAUACAGAAGCAUAAGAAGCUUUGUGGGAGUAUCAAGAACUGCGACAAGUUCAAGGAUGCGAAAAUGGAGAUUAGCGUUGACAGGAUGCCUGAUCAGUCACGGCAUGUAACGCGACCUCGUGGUCUUAAGAGAAGCGGAAGUCGUAGUUGGGAAGGGGAGAGUAUUAAGGUGUCUAAGUACGAUGAGAUCUCCAGGACCAGCACUGCUGGUCCAGUUACUGCUAAGACGAACGUCGUGAUCAAUACCAAUGUUGGUCCGACCACCCUUCCUCAGACCAAUGCUAAUAUCAACGUAAGGCCACCAUUUCCUGUUUCGAUACCGCCCUUACCAUCGAGACCGGAAACUCAUGUAUCCCCACAUAAACCAUGCUCUCAAGCUAUAUCAGGAUUCCCGGCGUUCCCACAAAUAAUACCAGUGUACUACCUUCCGGUUUCUCAUAAUCAGAAUUACGAGGGAACCUUGGAGAUUAAUCAACACAAUCAUCACGUGGCAGCAUCCUCUCAGCAAUCCGUCCAGCCAAAUCCAUACAUAUUUGUUCCAGUUCCAUGUAUGUCAACGGGAAUGUUGGGUGUUAUGUAUCCAUCAGUGAAGGGUACCCCUGCCCUGACGACCAUGAUGUAUAGACCUUUUUUAACACCUGAGCCUGUACCAGUCGCGCGGGAAACUGCCCAUCCUGUUGCAGACAAGCCAUCAGGUCCGACGCGACCUGCGAGCCAAGCUACCAGCGUCAAGGGCGAACCAGGAAGUAUCAUGGCCAUGUCCGAAUACUCUAAGAAGGUACUUUCUCCUGGUGAACCUGUCUCUUGUCCGAGCAUGGGUGGCUGCUCCAGCAACGUUGAUCAUCAGACAUCGCACAUUCAGGCAAGACAGACAUGUUAUAACGAAGACGAAUCGAGCUCCUCUAGCCUCUGCAGUAGCUUCCUCAGGAGUAGUGAUAAUAGCUGUAAUCCAUAUCAAAAGAGUACCAAAUCAUUUACUGAACGGAAUGGUGGUAAGCAGCACUGUCAUCAAGGAAUGCUCAGGAGAGAACCACCCUGGUUAGAAGGUGUCGAUGUCACUCCUGAAUUAGUCUUUGAGUAUCAGGUCAACCCAAAGACCCUCGAAGAGGUCCUUAGGGCUGAUAUGAAUGCCCUUAAGAAUUUUCAUCAACCUCUUCUUGUCAACGAUCAAUUGAGUCAACUCUACUGCGACCUGGAACUCGACGGUUUUGGCACGAAGCUGAUGCUCGAAGAUGGCAUAACCUCCAGCGGAAGUGAGAGUGGUAGCAGCGACAAUGACGCGAUGCAUCUGUCUCAGCUCUCGAGUUUUCGUUAAUAUCGAAACUUUCGGCAUGGACGAUACUACCCAACCGGAAAGAAUGAUAACCGCACUAGGAAUUAAAAUCCAGCAUGGCUUCCACGUGCGAUUGACAAAACGUAAGAAAAUUAGUGGAAAAACAUACAUCUUUCUUAUAGAAAACGUACAAGAGACGCACUAUCAAGUAUAGUAAACUGACGAUGAUCCACGAAGAAAACGCACCGCUUCCGCCACCUCAAGUGAUUCCUUCGUAACCAGUCUUCACUCUUGGAAUUAAUGAAUAAUUCAAUGGAGCAACGAUAUUCUGAAACUGAACGCGACCUCGUUUACGUAAAGCACCAAUAAUCCUUCAGGACGUGACUUAAUUUCAACUGGGUACCAGAUUGACCUCAGCGCGAGUGCACGCCUUAUUUUACAACCCUUACUCGGAGUAUGAAUUCUUCAGUUUCAAGACUUAAACGCGUGCAGAACAACAUUACAAUGACUGUUCUCACGUUCAUCUUGUUUCCUUGACUGUCUCGUUAUAUGAGCUUGGCAUUACGACAGGAAUGUGGUCUUUGCACAACCAAACGUCAAAGCGCAGGGUUUAUGGCUACGAAAUUGUAAUGACAAAGACUCUGUGUGAAAACAACUGCAAAUGAGCGCACGAAUGGUAACUUCUAAAAUAGAUAUUAAGGUAGGUCAAGCUAAGAUUAUACAAGCUAGAUCAGGGUUCGCGUGACUUAUUGUCUUCUGGUAUUUUUGAGAGAGUGAUACGUAUCGAGAUGCUGAUUUAAAAGAAAAUAAGACGUUUGAUGACUGAGAGGAUUUAUUUAAUUAAGAGAAUAUAUUUCGUAUGAAGAAUGGUCCAGUCCGAAAUAUUCAUUUCUAUCAUCAUCUCGAGCUAAGAAGGCAAAAGUACAAAAAUAGAAAAGGACAAUUCGCCAUCCUCGUCAGUAGUCAUGUGACUGUAAUGAAAUUUUUCGAAAUAUUUCUGCAUAUAUUAUAUACAUGCGAAGCACUGAAUUUUUCUGUGAAAAAGGAUCAUACAAAAUUAUUCAGUUUCGACUGUUACUCGAGAUUUGCAAAAAUAUUAUUUUGCACGAAUUUUCGAGUUGAUUCGUCAAUUGUUUAGAUAGUGAGAAAGAAGAUAAUAACGUGCGUAAAUCAAUUGUCGGUCACGAUUCUGUUUUUUUUUUCUUUGUCAUUGUCAGUGCUCGUGGAAUUUUAAUCGUUAAUUACGUAAAAUGUGGAUAAAACUGAUCACGUGACUCAUUUUAAUUAAUUUAAUACCGUAUGUGGUGGCGCGACGAGUGACACGUUUUCUCCUUCCGAAUUUGAUCCACGUUUCCACGAUUGGUUGGAUUUUCUAACGCACGUUUCCAAUUGCAAAACGUGAGAUUUUAGUCACGUUAACAAUUUAUAAAAGAAAAAUGAUUAAAAAGCAUUUCCACUCUCUGCUUUAUCGUUGGAACUUCGUUUUUAAUUUUGUCUAUCUUCUUUCUUUUGCGUCUUCUUUUAAAUUUCUGUAUAAGAACUCGAUCGCUACGUUCACUUACUUUAACUCUGCCAAAUAAAAGUUUGAUACCCGGAUCUUAAUGAGAAGCACGGUAUACGGAUUCUGGCAAAAAAAAAUGACCGAUGGUCAAUAUUCCUAAGAAAAUGAGAAAAUCGAUGGAUCGGAGAGUCUUUAAAAAUCCUGUAUACUUUGUAUCUCGUUAAACAACCAAAAAAUAUAUAUUUACAGAGUGUAUCAAAAUUUCCAAAUAUCUAUACCUGAGAGAAUUCAAAUUUAUACUAAGAAAAUUUUUGUAAAAAUGACAUUUUUAUUAAAAAAAAAAAGAAAAUCACUGUUUCUCACUAAAAAUACUUGUCAUUCGGAAGCACAACCUGAAUCAUUAUGCUACACUCUAAAUAUAUAAAAUUAAUUUCUAUAAUAUUGUAAAUAAGAACACGAACUUGCUUUAUCCAGCUGACAUUAUUAACAGCGUUGAAGGGACCAAUUAACGGAGGGUCUUUUGUCCUUUUGAUUAAAAAUAAAAUUAAUGACCGAAAGGGACUAACUAACUUUCAAUUAAGAUGCUUAGAUCAUCACUUAUAUGUGAAAUUCUUUGGAUGUCUUAAAAUGGAAUCUAAUUGAUGUUUCACAAUGAUUACCAAAAAUUCGUAUCGAUUAGUAAUUCGAACAAUCUUAUCACACAAAAAAAUGAAAGAACCAAAAUAUAAUCCAAGGAAUAGACGCAUCUUCAUUAGACACUGAAUAAAUACUCGAAAGUCUUAACUGACGAUUCACGUUCAGUGAUGAAAACUGAAAACCCAUAACUUAAAAAAGCGUUGAUUGCCCUCAUUGCGUAACGUCACUUUGGCAAGUAAAUAAUAUUUUUUAUAAUAUCUAAUUGAUGGUAAAUAAUUCUAGGUCAGUAUCGUAGUCAAUCGAUUUCGAGGCAGCAACGACGACGAGGCCAAGCCUCCACGUCGUGUCCACCCGUUUCGCCUUUAAAUAAUCAACCAUUUUCAUUUCUCGGCUUUAACGAAUUUGUGUCCUAUAAUAAUAUUGCCUGAUUUAAUUAAAAAGGCGAUAUUAAAAACUCGAUAUAGGUCAUAUACAGGAUUAUUCAGAAGAAAGAAAAAAAACUCAUCAGCUUUAAUUAAAUCGCCCAUUUGACUUCUGUAGCCAAAUCAAUGCCAGUCAGUAUCGUUACUUCUGAAUGACCUUGUAUAUAUACAAUUAAUAUUAAUAUAAUUAAUUAAUAUAACACACAGACGUACACGCAGCCUCUAAAUCGAUUCUAGUCUGGAACCUAGUGUUAUUACGAUACCAUACCUCAUAUAUACAUAAUAUUGUAAUAAGAAAAUACGACAAGAUUCGCAAUUGGAUACUUUUGUCAAUUAUCAGUAUCAAAAAGAUAUUCCUCUUACCUUAUACAAUUAACCAAGAAAUCACGAAAGAUUUAAAUAAAUCAAUUUUCACAAUAGAUACUAAUUAUCUACGAGUCAAUUGUCAAGGAAAACUUUAGUGUAUUUCCUUUCCGCUGUACUGCGGUAGCGCCACCGUCAGCUCGACCUAGUGAAAAUGACUGUAGUGCAGUGUCUUCACGAUCCUCGAGCAAGAAGUAAUAUAGCACAAUAGAGAGAGAAAGAGAGAAAGAGAGAAAAUACCAACCGAACAAUAAUUAUUAUUUACUAUCUUCUCUACUCGCUGUCGUCUUAUUCUAUACAAAGUAUCCAUUGCGAGAUCUUCACGUCACUCGCAAUUGUUCGCAACUCAUUACAUCACUUAGACGCAAAAUCUAUAUUUUUGAGAAGUCAAGAACGUUAUUUAUUAUCAGGAAAAAACAUUAUACGCCAAUUAUAUUAUACACCAAUUUUAUUUACUAAGCAUGUAAAAACACUGAGGGAUUACCUUAAAUCCCUAUGUAGUUGUCAUGUAAUGUUACGUGAUUGAAUGAUCAGUGGAUCGGAUAAGAAUUCUAAUUCGAUGAUCGUUCAGCCAUGAUUAACACACCUAUGGUUGCACCUUUUAUUCGUAAUCUGCGCGAUAAGCAAGGAGGAGAAUCACUUUAUCUGUAGAAUUGCACCGUUACAGGACAAUUGAAAUUGUCUUUUGACAAGGAUAUUUUUAUUAAUAUAAUUAAAAUUAUAUAUAAAUUAUGUACACGUGUACGUAGAGGCAGACAACUGUGAACUCGUAUUGCUGUGUUCUAUAUAUGCGUGUUUGUAUGAAUUAAUUUUUAUUUUGGUUUCUUUUAUUUUCCAAAGAGACUCCAAGAA